UCAUAUCCGUUGACGUCAUCAUAAUGGCAAGUCCGAGAACGCGUCGAGUAUUGAAGGAACUGCAAAGCCAGAAAGACAAUAAAGCUUGUUUCGAGUGUGGAGGUUCCAACCCUCAAUGGGUCUCUAUAAAAUACGGAAUUUUUAUAUGUCUAACAUGUGCUGGUAAACACAGAAGUCUAGGGGUGCACGUGAGUUUUGUGCGUUCAACUACAAUGGACAAAUGGAAGGAUAAGGAAUUAGAGAAGAUGAAAGUUGGUGGAAAUGGCAAGUUAAAGUCGUUCUUUAACUCUCGAUCUGACGUCACAGAAGACAUGAGCAUUCAAGAGAAGUACAACACUCGCUCGGCUGCUUUGUAUAGAGACAAGAUCGAGACCGAGUCUGAGGGUCGUACCUGGGUAGAGGCAACGUCACCUGCCAGACAUUGGAAUCCUCCUGCUAUUCGUUCUCAACUAAAAGAAUCGGCAUCAUCAACAGCAACUUCAAGUGUGUCGAUGUCAAUGGGAAGUGACGAUAUUACUAAGCAGAGAGACGACUUCUUCAAACGAAUUCAGGAAGAAAAUGCCAAACGACCCGAUGACAUUCCACCUAGUCAAGGAGGACGAUAUGGAGGAAUAGGAAAUCCGUACAUUGAGAACAAAAAGAAAUCAACAACUGCAGAUGAAUUCUUUGACAACACGUGGUCAUCUAUGAAAUCCGGCUGGAACUCGUUUACAAUUGGAGCUCAGAAGUUAGCAUCUACAGCCUCAGAAAAGGCCCAGAAGUUUGGAGAGACAAUGAAUGAAUCUGUAUUCAAACCAACAGCAAUGAAAGCAGCUGCUUUGAAAGAAAAAAUGAAAGAGAAAAUGGCAAAGUCAAAGACGAUGGAUGAAGACAAUGAACAAGAUGACGACAGAGAUAGCCAAGAUGAUGAUGACAGUGAUGAGGUAACCACGAGAAGAGAGGCCACUAAAGCUAAUGAUGGAAAAUUCUUUGACUCAGUACAAUCAUCAAUGUCACUUUUUGCUUCUAAGGUAGCAUCUGCAAGCUCAAAGGGUUGGAGCAAUUUUCAAAAAAUAUUCACAGAUGAACCAAAGAAUUCAGAGGAAGAGAAUGAGGAAGAUGAAGAAGUAGAAAGACAAAGCGAAAAACAAGCAACAACAACAACAAGGACAUCAGGCAGGGAUCUUAUUGAUUGGGGAGAAAAUGAAUGGCAGAGCGGUGGGGAUGAGUGGAGUGACAAUUGGACAGAUAGUAAGAGCAGCCGACAGACUGAGAAUCAGAUUGAUAAGAAAGAUGAGGGAUUGGUUGAUAUUGAUAACUGGGAGAAAGACAGCUGGUUAAAUGAUGACUGGGCACCAUCCAACAGGAAGAAAACCGACCAGCAGCUGAAGGAAACAAAAAGCAUCAAAAAGCACAGCAGAAAAGAAGAGAGAAAGGAAAGGAAGCAAGAGGUGACUACAGAUGGAGAAGAAAGAAAAGAGAGAAGCAAAGAAGCAAAGAAUGAAAGCAAGACAAAACAGAAGAGGAAAUCAGCAGGUGAGAUGGGAGUUGUAAAGUCUGAUCUGAUUAAUUGGGACGAAGGAGACAAACAUGGAGAGGCAAGUGACGACGUGACAAACCCAGAAUGGGACGAUGCAAAAUGGGAAAAUAUUGAUAUCAAGUCUGGAAAGUCUGAUUAAUGUUAACUAACUUUGUAGUUUGCCGUUAAGAGUUACUAAUCAGGAAGAAUUUAUAUUAUUGGCUAUUCUUAUUAGUACGAAUUACGUUGAAAAGAUUACUACAUUUCUGUGACUGCAA